AUGCCGGAGUCUGGAGAGGACCCUUUUGAGAAGAUCACGUCAAGCGAUGUGUGGUAUCCGGCGCGGGUGUCCCUUUGGCGAUUUGACAACGGCAGUCCGAAGCUGGUUGCGUGGGCUCACACAGACGCGUAUCACGAGCAGUCGGACCACAUGGCACUGGACAACGCGCUUGGCGCGCUGGAGCCCUCCUUCGAGGGGUUCUGA